AUGUGUAUUAUUUCCGAUAGGCAUGCAAGCAUUAUUAAGGCAGCUUCGAGAGUCUAUGAUGAAGUACCUCAUUUUGCGUGUAUGUGGCACUUACUGCAAAACAUAAUGAAAAACUUCAGAAAAAGUCAGCAAAGGGUAACUGAGUUGUUCUACUCUAUGGCAAAAACAUACACCAUGACAGAAUUUAAUCAAUGUAUGACAAUAGUUGAGAAAAUAGAUAAGAGGAUCAAAGAUUACUUGCUGAACAUUGGAUACAACAAAUGGUCGCGUGUGCAUGCUGAAGUAAACAGAACUUGGAUGAUGACGUCAAAUAUAGCAGAAUCAGUCAAUUCAAGAACAAGACAUGCCAAAGUUCUUACAGUCUUACACCUCUUGGAAUUCAUGAGACAGCUUGUCCAGAAAUGGAAUAACAAUAACAGAUCAAAGGCGACAUUUUCAGGUUUUCACCUUGGGAAAAAGUAUGAAAAUAUAUUGCGGCGCAAUAAAACUGCAUCAGAGAAAUUAAGGGUUAUAGAGACAAAUAAAUAUGUGUAUACGGUACUUGAUGGUAUUACACAAUUCACAGUUUGUCUUCACCAACGUACAUGCACAUGUGGGAGAUUUCAAUUGGAUGAGUUGCCAUGUCCACAUGCUUUGGCUGUUUUAACAAUAAAGCACACUGGUUAUGAGAAAUAUUGCUCUGAUUACUAUACAAAAAAAAAAUUAUUGCUGACAUAUCAGUUUCAAAUGGAUCCCCUGCCAGAUGAAAGCACAUGGAACACACCAACACAUGUUCUUGAAGAGGUUGUACUUCCACCUCAUGGAAAGAGACCUCCGGGAAGACCAAAAAAUAAAAGACAUACACAACUGAGAGAAGAUGGAUUCAAGAAGGCGAAAAUUACAUGCAGCAACUGUGGACAACAAGAUCACAACAGGAAGACUUGCAAAAAUGUUAGGCCUUAUGAUCAAGAAUAA